AUGGGUGUGAUGGUCCAUCUCCAGCAUGCGGCACCUAGUGUCAGCAAUAUUGCGAUUGGUGCUGCAAUAUUAGGUCUCAUCGUGAUCAUUGCCGAUUAUGCUCGGAUGCUCUAUCUCAGAAGUAAAAUGCCACCUGGUCCCUUUCCAUGGCCGAUCAUAGGGAACACAUAUCAACUACCCGACACAAAGCCAUGGGUGUACUUCGAGGAGGUCGCCAAGCAGUACAAAACUCCUGUGAUCACGUACUGGAUAGGUCGCAAUCCCACCGUUUGGAUCUGCGACGCUUGGGCUGCUUCAGAAAUGCUCGACAAGCGAGCUGCAGUUUAUUCCUCGCGACCUAGAAUGGUGGUAUUUGGCGAGCUCAGCAUGGGCCAGUCCAAUAUCGUGUCUAUGUUUUAUGGCGAUCGCUGGCGCGUUCAUCGAAAGCUCACUCACAUGGGUGUUGGACUGCAGCUUGUGAGGAGCUACAGUGGGUUUCAAAAUAACGAGAGCAAAAUGGUGGCGUGGGAAAUUCUCAAAGAUCCCAAAGACUAUGUCAUGGCAUACGAGCGGUAUGCUGCCUCUGUGGUCAGUAUAAUUGGUUUCAAUCGACGGAUCAGCUCAAAAGAGGACCCUAUUAUCACGGAAGUUAUUGCUGUCAUGCAAAAGGCUGCAGAGUUGAACGUACCUGGAAAGACAUUCCCAAUGUUGCUGGAAACAUACCCUUUUCUUGCGAGAUUUCCAAACUGGAUGGCACCGUGGAAGCACGGUCUCGGUGGUGGAAAAGGCCGGGGACGAUCAUUUUACUACGCACUCGCUGAAGAAGCAGUCCAGAAGAACGGAGGUGAGAAUUGCUAUGCGAAGAAGAUCUUCGACGAGGCCCCGAAAUAUGGAUUGUCCAACCUCGAAAUUGCUUCUUUGAAUGGCAACCUGUUUGGCGCCGGAAGCGACACAUCAAGUUCAACCUUGUGUACGUUCACCCUGGCAUGCUGUGCUUUCCCAGAUGCUCUUCCGAAAGCUUGGGAAGAGCUCGAUCGAGUUGUUGGUCCUUACCGAAGUCCUGGACUUGAUGACGAUUUGCCAUACAUUCGUGCUUUUGUGAAAGAGGUUUUCAGAUGGCGAUCCGUUGCCAUAAUAGGUGGCCAGCCACAUGCCCCUAUCCAGGAUGACUAUUAUAAGGGCUGGUAUAUCCCUAAGAAUACCUGGGUGCAGGGUAAUGUUUGGGCCAUCCACCGCAAUGAAAAUGAAUUUCCGGAGCCAGAUCGUUUCUACCCUGAUCGAUUUUUCGAAGGCAAUCCCCUACACCGCCCAUUUCCCAAUGACAAGGGCUAUAUGACGUUUGGUUGGGGCCGUCGUGUCUGCAGUGGCCAGGGUCUAGCCGAACAAGGUACCUUUUUGACCGUUGCAAGACUCCUAUGGGCUUUCAACAUUCAAAAGGCUUUGGAUCAGACUGGUAACGAGAUACCGGUGGAUAUAUUCGAUUACACUAAUGGUCUGAAUAUGCGACCACAACCAUUUGAGUGCCGAUUCACACCGCGGUCAUCUGAGAUCAAGGAGACUAUCGAAAGGGAAGGCCGCCAGGCCCUUGAAGAAUUGUCGCAAUUUGAGGGCGAAAGCCAAUACCGUCUGAGCACCUUUUAUUUGAAUGACACAGUAAACAAAUAA